AGUGUAAAUCCCAAACACGAGAAGAUCCACGUUCAGUGUGUUUUAGAAUAUUCUGGUAGUUUUAACAGUAUAACAAGAAUUUUACAUUCAGCAGAAUGCCUGAGAAUAAUAUGGACAAGCCAAAAAUAGUGACAUGCACCGCACCUGUGAAUAUAGCUGUCAUUAAAUACUGGGGGAAGAGAAAUGAAGAAUUAAUUCUACCCAUUAACUCAUCCCUGAGUGUCACAUUACAUCAGGACCAGCUCAAAACAACCACAACAGUUGCAACCAGCAGAUCUUUUCAAGAGGAUCGAAUAUGGCUCAAUGGCAAAGAGGAGGACAUAACUCAUCCAAGACUACAGUCCUGUCUGAGAGAGAUUCGACGACUAGCACGGAAGAGACGUAAUGAUGGAGACCCUAGUUUGGAUUCAACUGGUUUGUCACACAAAGUCCACAUUUGCUCAGUGAACAACUUCCCCACAGCAGCUGGACUCGCCUCUUCAGCUGCGGGGUUCGCCUGUCUAGUUUACACUCUGGCUCGGGUGUUUGGCGUGGAAGGAGAGUUGUCUGGGAUUGCUCGUCAAGGCUCGGGCAGCGCAUGCAGGAGCAUGUAUGGAGGGUUUGUCCAGUGGAUCAUGGGAGAAAAAGAGGAUGGGAAGGACAGUCUAGCCCAGCAGGUGGAGCCACAGACUCACUGGCCUGAGCUCAGAAUCCUUGUAGUAGUGGCCAGUGCAGAAAGGAAGCCAGUAGGCAGCACCUCUGGGAUGCAGACCAGCGUACAAACAAGCUGUCUACUAAAGCACCGUGCUCAGUCUGUUGUCCCGGAGCGGAUGGUGGAAAUGAUUGAUGCAGUGCGAAGAAAGGACUUCCCUGCAUUUGCUGAGCUAACCAUGAAGGACAGUAACCAGUUCCAUGCCACCUGCCUUGACACUUACCCUCCGAUCUUUUACCUCAGUAGUGUGUCUCAUCAGGUCAUCAGCUUGGUGCAUCGGUAUAACAAGCAUUAUGGGGAGACGAGGGUCGCCUACACUUUUGAUGCAGGACCCAAUGCUGUUAUCUUCACUUUAGAGCAACAUGUUCCUGAGUUUGUCCAGGCGGUUCAGCAUUUCUUCCCCCCUGACACUAACGGAGAAGACUUUAUUAAGGGUCUUCCAGUCAGCCAUGCUGCUCUUUCUGAGGAGCUGAAACGGGGUAUUGGUCUGGAGCCAAUGGCAAAGGGAAUAAACUACAUCAUUAGUACCAAGGCUGGACCUGGUCCUUGUGUGGUCGAGGAUCCCACUCAGCAUCUGCUGUUAUCUGAUGGUUUGCCCAAGAAAACUAUGUGAUGCCCUGCAGCCCUGAAGAGACAAGUUCUACUGAGCAAUACUGAAGCCACUUCAGCAGAGUUAACAUUUGCAUUAUCAGAUGCAGCCAUAAAUAGCCAAAAGCAAAACCAGGAACCUCCCUUGUCAAUGUGGACACUAAUAUGACUCUCUUCAUUCAAACGACACUGAUGUACUCUUCUCCUCUUUCAGUCCCCCAGUAUGUGUAGCUCUCUGCACAAUAAGAUCAGGUUUGUCUUAUGAUAUUUCAUUGUAUCUACAGGUAGAUACUGUUUUACAUUCAUGUAAUGGGUUCAGUUGUAGACUUGAGCAUGUACUCGACUCUCAGGUAGCAAAUAAAUACUCCAAACACUGAGUGGUUCACUGCAGCUGGCCCUGUCCUCGCUGACCCUUUUGAGCAAAUGAUCACUACUGGGGGGGUUGAAUAUGCGUGUCUGUGACUUCAUGGAGUUUUUCCAUCAUCUUCUUUUGUGUAAAAUUAAAUAAAAAUAUAUUUUAGUCAAGAUAA